GGCACCGACCAAAUAUACGGGUCCCGUUAAAGGGGAUCACACUGGAAAUGGAGGUUAUUACUUCUACGUGGAGUCCACACGGGCCGGGAAGGGCGACGACGCCCGUAUUUUCUUACCCCCGAUCACAAACAGGGAGAACAAGUGCCUGGAGUUCUGGUACUUCCAGUACGGUAUCGACGUGGGGAUACUCAGGGUGCUGGCUAAGAACGCCAGCACUGUGUCCUGGACGCUGUGGGAGACGCAGGGAGAGGUCUCCACCAAGCAGACCUAUGAGGGCACGGCAGAAGGGGCACCUUGCGUAUUCCCGUACAAUCCGGGGUUUACGGACGAGCUCAGGUUUGCAGCAGUGGCAGCGUGCACGUGUGAACGUGACCGGUGAACUUGUGGCCUUGACCUUUGAGGUCAAACUAACAAGUGGCAGUCAGUACAGCGAUUACGCUAUAGACGACAUUAAGUUGGCACUGGGAGAAUGCCCGGACGACCCAGCUACCUUUAAACCCACGUUGGACCCAAAGCCUACCACCAAGGCCACCACGCUGUCUACGAGCACACAAUCUACAGUGACCAAGCCCACCACGACGAUAGGUUUUAACAGUUCUGACACAACUACAAAUUCAAGAAGUACAAGUAAAACUUCAACAACAGCUGCACCAACUACCUCAUCUGCACCCAAGCAAACGACUAAACCUACGACAAAACCUACGUCUACUUCUAAACCAACGACAACACCAACAACCCAACCAACAACUAAAGCUACAACUAAGCCUACAACUAAAUCAACAACAAAGCCAACAACUAAACCUACAGUUAAACCAACGACAAAACCGACCACAAUGCCAACAACAACGCCUACUGCUCGACCAACAACGACAACCACUAAACCUACUACAAAGUCUACAACCAAACCCACAACAAUAUCUACAACUAGACCUACAACAAGACCUACAACUACACCUACAUCUAAACCAACGACAAAAUCCACGACAACGACAACCACUAAACCUACGACAAAGUCUACAACCAAGCCCACAACAACACCUACAACAAAACCCACGACAAAACCCACGACCAAACAAACAAUUAAAACUACAACUACAAUUCUAUAUUCUUCAGGCACUACCAGUCCAACUCCUGCCAAGUCCACUAAGCCUGGAAUAUCACCCACAUCACCCACACCCACAACAUCAACAGCUACACCAAAAUCUACAGAUAAACCCACAACCAGCACAAAACCCAUCUCAAACCCGGGCUCAACAAUUUCUACCGGACCUACCAGGAAAAGGGUGCCCACAAGUUCUGCCCCAAAUGAAAUCAAUGGGAGUGAUCGGCUGAAGGGGAACAGCGGAGGAGAUGGGUCAGGCAAUGUGGCUGUGGCGGCAGGUGGCGCUGCUGGCGGGUUGGUGGCCAUCGUGGUAGUGGCGAUUGCUCUUAUUUUUAUCGUAAGGCGUCAACGUCAGAAUACAGGCAAGCCAGGAGACAAGAACAUAUCAGUGGGUUUCCAGAAUGACCACAUGGACACUAAGAUGGACUCCAGCGUUCAUAUAGAGAACCCUCUUUUCUCAGAUGCCUGA